UUCUGGAGUCAGCCUCAAGUGGACGUUUGAGGAACUGCAGUUUUUGGCACUACUGCAUAGGCUUCAUUUCACAGCCACAGAGACUGCUGCUUGCUGUAGUUUAUCCUACAGGCUGGCAGGUGAGAAACAGUUCACUGUUAAACAUGUUAUACUUCAGUUUAAAUCUGUUCAAAAACCAAAGUGUAAAAACAACACAUUUAGUUAGUUUAUCCAGCCUAGCAUUGCUUGUAUGCCGGUUUUAUUGUCUUCCCUCCACUUCCAUAUCCUCAAAAGCACAUGGAAAGACGAGAACAGAAAUCCCAGUUUUCGAGGAGCCCCUGAACGCGGCAGGCGCGUCAAUCCUCCACCCCUCGAGGAAGCCGAGCGACAUCCAUCAGACUGGUUGGACUCUCAGAGGUACGCUCGAGCACUCCUCUCAGCCUUGCACCCUCACCGCACACUCCGCCGGGGCCGUCACGCCGAAGCUCCGGGCAGCUCUCGUGGUCUCUUGCGUGGAUCUUUCCCUCCUCACCAGGACUGUGGGAGAGAUGCGACGUCUCGGAGGAGGAGGAGGAGACGAACUGGCCAGGCAGCAGCAACAGCAGCAGCAGCAGCAGCAGCAGCAACAGCAGCAGACACCUGAGAGGAGGAUCUGAGUUUGUUUCUAUAACGUCAAAGAAAGGUUUAUUGCGGUCAUCACUAUGACUGAUGGGGAUUAUGACUACCUUAUAAAGCUCCUUGCCCUGGGGGACUCCGGCGUGGGGAAGACCACCUUCCUUUACCGAUACACAGACAACAAGUUCAACCCCAAGUUCAUCACCACAGUCGGCAUCGACUUCAGGGAAAAGAGAGUGGUGUACACGGCAUCCAACCCCAAUGGGACGACCACAGGGAAAACCUUCAAGGUUCACCUUCAGCUCUGGGACACAGCUGGACAGGAGAGGUUCCGCAGCCUGACAACGGCAUUCUUCCGGGAUGCCAUGGGGUUCUUGCUGAUGUUUGAUCUCACCAGCCAGCAGAGCUUCCUCAACGUCAGAAACUGGAUGAGCCAGCUACAGGCCAAUGCCUACUGUGAGAAUCCAGAUAUUGUGUUGGUUGGAAACAAGGCGGACCUGGCCGACCAGCGGGAGGUUCAGGAGAAACAGGCCAAGGAGCUGGCUGAUAAAUACGGAAUCCCGUACUUUGAGACGAGUGCAGCGACAGGAGCAGAGGUGGACAAGGCAGUGAUAACACUGCUGGACCUGGUCAUGAAGAGGAUGGAGCAGUGCGUCGACAAACCACCCGCUGAGCCCGUCAACGGGAACGGGGCCACAAAGCUUGCCGAUGGGCAGCCCAAUGAGAAGAAAUGUGCAUGUUAGAUCAAGAGGCGAUUCAGGAACCGAUCAGCGCUCCUCUGUCGUCCGUCCUUUCUACUCGCCACAUUCCCUCCUUUUUUUUACUUUCUCUGUCAUCUUUGAUUGCAUGUCUCUUCAUCUUCUGUUCACCCAAAACUAACCUUUAACCAUCUUCUGCUCCUUGUUUCCUUCUUUUCCUCCCUUUUUCCUUCCUCCCAAUCUGUCUGCCAAUGAAACAACCCUGUCCCCCUCUAGUGGAUUUUCAAGGUAAUACAGUCUCAACCUGUCUUGACUUUGGGCGCCGUUUAGGAGGAAAUUAAAGCAGGAGGGGACAGUUUCAUCACUGUCAGAUGCAUAAUGUGCCUCGGUUCAAACAUGCAUCCCGGGAAUUAAGCUCUGCACACUCCCAGUUUCUCUGCUCGUAAGUGGUUUGAACGAUUAAAAGGAUCUAAACAGGCAAAAAGAUUUAGAGAUGUCACUUGAAGUCUUUAAAGUCUGAUCUGUUCAACAUUUUACUGUGGGGGAAUUAUUCUGCUUCUUGUUAAGUCAUCCAGACUUUAAUAUCAGCCUGUGUUUGUGUAAGUCAUGAUCCUCUCCUGAAUUCUUUCCUCUUGGACCAGGUUGAGCAACUGUGUGACCAGUGUGUUUUUAUUUGUACUUUUUUCUUCUUCUCCUGUUUUACACAUGGAUGCUGGACCCAUAUUUGGCACACAUGGUCAUUUUUCAGAUUUUAGACCUUUUAGACCAAAUUGUGUUGGCCGUGGUGUCAUCUUGAAGGUCUCUGACACCAGAGUGAGAGGAACAUACAAGCUGCCUGUCAGCUGUGAUGUCUGUUUCUGAUUCAGGUUCAUCAGUGAAUGUUUUGUUAGGCUAUAAUAUCUGAAUCAGCACCGAGCUGUGUAGAUGAAUAUUAGGCUUAGAGUAACAAUAACCAACGUAGAGAUUCCCCUGACACAAAGCAGAAGAGGGUAAGUAGCCUAUGUGUGUAUAAAUAAUCAUUUUUGAUAUAAAUGUUGAUAUUCAACAAAUAGGAGAACCUGCAGUCUUCAUCUGAGUAGUUUCUAGAGCUGAUGACAACACUAUGGAGACAUGCAGUUAUCGGAAAAAAAACACCCACUGACCAAGCAGAAAACCUACCCAGCUGUGCUUUUUUUUGUUGCUGUCUGUACAUAGAAGAUAAUGAUAGAUUGAUAGAUAUGAUAGAUUAUAGAAAAAUUAUAGAUUAGACAUAGCAUUGUUUGGAUAUUUUCACAGUAACAACAUUGAUGCUUUGUAAUUUAGCUAAUUAUAUCUAUCUAUAAUUAUAUUAAUCAAACCUGCUUGGGACAGUUCACUGGAACCUGAAUGGAUCAACAGACACAAAAGUUCUUCAAAUACUUCUUAGAACUCUCGCCAAAGAUGAUGCCAAAUUUGGCUGACUACACAUUUUGGGAUAGUACGCCAUUUACAUUGUAUGAAUAUGGGUACAGCAUGACAUGUGUGGAAUAGAGAAGAAAAAAAAAGAGAGUUAAGAGAGUUUAAUAGAGUUUCCUCGACCAGGAUAGAUGUAUUGUUCCAAACUGACCUACUGCCUUGGCUUUUAAAGCGUUAUUCCACUGUGGAGGAACAGACUUUUAUCUGAGUGAGAGUUUGAGAAAGGUCGGCUAAAAAUAUCGGCUGCUCUGGGGAUGCAGUGUCAACUUGCUAAACUUUGCAGAAAACAAAAUAAUUGGAAUCAGCCUAAAUAGAAAAGAUAAUAGCUGUUUUAGAGAUAGAUAGAACAAACAUGUCAUGUACUGUAGGUCAGUAUAGAUUAACUGAAAAAGCUUAUGUGUGGAUAAUUGUAUAAUCAGCGUCAUUAUCAUAAAAAUAGACUUUUCUGAUUGGAAAAAAAAGGUCAGCUUUUCAGGGCAGCUGAUUUUAAUGUUCGACUUGUCAUCUCUUCAUCACAGAUAAUCAAACAAAGUGAAAUAUCGCUUUAAGGCCCCAUACAUGACCAAUGUUGUUAGAAUAUAAAGUGACCAAUUAUUUAUAUUAAAAGAAAUGUAAAGCAUAGAUUAUUAUUUGUGUUGUCAUAUUUUUGUUACAUUCUUUGUAUUUCCUCUCUCGUUUUGUUUGCGUCUCAAAUUUUUCACGUCUGUCGAAAGAAAUUUUCAUUUUUAUUUUUUAAUCGUUAUAGUGCUCUAAAGCUCAACUGUCAAAUUAACCCCAAAAUUUCCAUUUACCAAUAAAUGUGUCUCUAACAAGAAAAUACACUAUUAUAAACUCUUGAAGAAGUUCAGUAGAAGCCGGAUUUUUCUUUGCGCUGAACUUUUUUUGGUUCAACACAGGAAGUAAAAGUUUAUUAGUCUCUCUUUUUGUGUUUUGUUGCUUAACACUUUAUUUUUCAUUAAACAGCAGACCAUUUAAUGUCUCUGUGCAGAAAACCUCAUGAAAUCACAUUACAUUGAAACUAAGUUCACCUGAGUUAAGAUUAAAAGGCUGCAUGUUUUGUACCAUGUUGCUACGCUUGAGCACAGCUAAAAAAAAAAAAGAAAGAAAGAGAAAGAAAGAACGAAAAUAUUAAAUAUCAAAAAUCAGCUUCAAGCCCAAGGUGAUCUCUUUUGUUUUAAGUGCAGCUCAACAGUUUUCAUUAUAUCAAGUAACAUCUUGAUCUGCCUUACUUCAUGAAAAAUCUUGAGCCAAGUUGAGGUGCACUAAAAAUCGAGGAAAUGAUCUGCUUGCCUGCCACCUGCUGGCAGCUACAUCCUUAUUUUGUCCUUCGUGAGCCAAGCGACAGGUUUAGUUCCAGCUCACAGCUGCAUAAUAUUAGGAUUACUGCAGGUUGGUUUUACUAAAACCAGUGGCUGCCAAAUAGGUCAGCAGUAAUGUUUAGUAUACUGUGUGUGGCUUAUUAAUGUCUGCUGUGCUCAUUUUAACAAUUCAUUGUCUGGAUCCAGAAACAAAUCCUGUGUCAUAGAGCUUUGGCUUCACCUCAUUGUCACCUAUAUUAACUCAGCCAGUGUGCCAAAUAAAAAAAUAAAAAAAGGAAAACUACAUGACACAAACAAGCAUUUGUUUUUGACAAACCCAAACCUCAUUAUGCUGUUCGCUCCAAGAAAAACUGCCUUGCAAGCGGAGUUGUCUGCCAACAGCUGAUCUCAGUGCCAUAUCAAAAGCUAUUAAUUUGCUAAUUCUAUAGACAUAAAGAGAUGACUCGCGUGUUCUCCCGGUUCCUUAAGCAGCAUAAUUGCGAUAAUGAUCCCUGAAAAUACUGUAUCUCUUUAGGUUUGGUCGCUCUGUUUUAGCUGAUCUUAUAUUUUAGUAAUUUAAAAGUUACAUAUUUCUAAACACUUCAUGAGAUCCUCUGAAAACAUUUUUUAUUUUUAUUUUUUUAUUUUUUUUCCCUUUGCUCCAACUUUUGUUGAUGAAGGACUUGACCUUGGACCUUAGUCAUUAGUAGUAGUAGAUGCAGUUAACUGAAACAAGAAAUUCUGACCACUUUGGUGGAACAAAGUGGUCGGACAUAUCAAGUUGUUAAAGCUAACGUGUUAAACAGCUGCAGACACAUUCCAUUGGAUUCUGGUUCUUGUCCAUCUGAUGAUGAUGAUCUGAUGAUCUCUACCAACUCCCUAUAAUUAUGUGGCUACUGGCUAACUAUCUGUCUGCUGUUUGGUGCUCAACAGGUAGCUUACACUUUAUCAAAGCAUGUUUGCUGGACACAACUUCCUGCCUGAUGAGACCGUACACUAAAUGUGUGGUAAAAACCAAAACAGUUAUCUAAAAGAGGCUAAAAAGCUCUGUAUUGUGCUGCAUUAUUCUCUGUAGGUUUGUGUCACCUUUCACGAUACACAAUCCAUUGUUAGUAUAAAAAUAUUUAUUAGCGCAGCUUUAAAAUGUCUUAUCCAUGUAUUUUGAAAAGCUCACCAAGUGUUGAUUUCUAUGUGUUUUUUGGCAAAAGUUGAGUUAGAUUGCGACUUAGAAGAAAAUUACUAUAAAUGUAAUACGGCCUUAUUGAUGAAGAUGACUGGCAACUAAUAGAACUACAUAACAAAAAAUAUUAAGUAAAAAAAAAAGAAACAUGACAAUGAAUCAUUCAUAAGCUUUGAUUAAAUAAAGCUAGUGGACACAAUUAACUAAAAUAAAAAACACAACAGUGGUGCGCCUCACAUUUUCCUGGACAUUUUCAACCAAUGCCUUUUAAUUGUGACAAUCUUCUGAAACAAUUUGACAACUUCUAUCUGAGUCUUUUUUUAUGUCUAUGUUGCUUAUCAUUAUUUCUCAAAUUUGAUUUGAGGUUUAAAAAUAAGUUUGCCUAAAUCCAGUAUUUAGUCGUGCCACAGGUGUAUCGGACAUUACAUUACAUUCAUUUUCAAUGUUGAAUCAUGUUUUUCUUGAAAUGGUAGUUGAUUAGUGAUUUUUCACUUUAAAAGUUUACACUGUUUGAAGAGUCAUGUUGUGCCUGUUAACUCUUCUGUCUGGUCCUCUGUAAAGUUUGUGAGCUACUGAAUAUUUUAAUGCAUUAUUGAUUAUAGACUAUAAGCAGAGGGAAAAGAGACCAGAAGUCAUCAUGUUGUAUUCGUGCCCAAUUAUAUCAAAACAGCUAAUCAAAUCCAAGUACCUCUAAGAGCUUUUAUUUUUGGAAACCUUGUGUGUGAAAUCUCUCUGAUGCCUGCGGUUUGUACACGUUCCUUCAGUUUUCACUGCGUGUAUUGAUGCCUGUGUGUGUUUGUUGGGUUUGUUGCAUCGUCAGCAUGUUUGACACAAUGAGAAUGAAAACGAUCUGUGAUGCGUUUAAUGUUUCUGAUGUCAGAGCUGCCAAUAAAUCUGUGUUUGUUUUA